AUGGAAGAAACAGAUGUCAUCAUUGUUGGUGCAGGGCCGUCAGGUCUGGCUCUCGCACUCGCACUCAAUCAUCAGAAUAUCAAGUCCAUCAUCCUGGAGAAAGAACUGGAGAUUAGUGAAGACCCGCGUGCAAUUGCGCUCGCCGGGGAAGUCCACCGCAUCGUCGAACUCCUUGGUGUCAAUCACGCUAAAAUGAAGGAAAUCGGGCAGAUUCUGACCGAGAUUCACUUUCACCGGGAGACUUUCACUUCCAAACCGUUUCUCACCAUUGAUCAGGAACGCGACUGGGGCGCACAGGCAUUGCCCCCUGCUUCAGUUAUUCUUCAGCCAAGAUUAGCAGAAAAAGAGUUCCGGGCACUCGUUGAGGCCUCUAAAUACGCCGAACUGAGAUUGGAAUGCACAGUAACGGGUAUUAAUGAACUCGGAACCGGCGUGCAAGCUACCUACAAACGCAAAGACGGGUCAACAGCAGAGCUCAAAGGGUCCUACCUAGUUGGUGCCGACGGCAAGCGUGGAAUCGUUCGCAAGGAAUACCUCGAAGACAAAGGCAUUGAGCAGGUGACAGGAUUGUACAAAUACGAGGCGACCUGGAUUGCGGCAAAUGUACGCAUCAACCUGCCUACGCCUACAUCGCACCCGAGUUUCCCGCUGUGGAAAAUUGGCUACCAACCGGAGGAGCUAUGGGACAUCUUUUGGCCCGGUGGUUGGCACUUUUGUAAUCACCCAACAAUGCCUGUCGCAACAGGGCGUUUCGGCCCGAAGGAGGGCAAAUACUGGAGAUAUGAAUAUGAACUACCUCCAAAUUACGUGCCGGACGAUCUCGAGAAGCAUUUGGAAGAACAGUUAAUGCCGCACCUGGUACUCCCCGCAUCGAGGUUUUCCCGCAAGGGCAUGACUGUAAAAAGCCCGGUUCAAUUUCCAUGGGACUGUAUUGAAGUUUUGCGGUGCGCCCCAGCCAACUUCACACAGAAGGUGGUUAACAAAUGGUUUCACAACAACAUCAUUUUGAUCGGCGACGCGGCCCACGUCUUCCCUCCUUUCGGAGCUCAGGGAAUCGCCAACGGCGUACAGGACGCAUUUGCCUUAUCAUGGCGUUUGGCACUGCUCUGCAACCAAAAAGCACGCAAACAACUGGUGCUAAACCAAGAGAGCCUGUUGGACUGCUGGUCACGAGAGCGCCGAAAGGGAGUCGACGAUGCAAGCAUGAUGACCGCGGAAAAUGGCAACAUCUUGUUGAGCAAGUCUUCCGCGUUUAUCACCAUGAUAAAUAUGGUGAGCAGCAUUCUGGAAUUUGUGCCAUCUCUCCGAGACUCGCUCAUCCGGAAUCGCCUUCUUGGCUCGACCGGGUUUCUUGGAGUAGACGGCGGCUUCUUCCUGGAGAACCAAGGUGGAGGUUUGAAAGCUGCCCAAGUAUGCUUCAAGGCCGCUGACGGCUCUGUCUUCCUUUCCGACCACGCAUUCUGGAAGUCAACAGCCAUUCUUACACUUCUGGUCUUACAACACCCCACUGAGCAGGAAGCCUCUGAUAUCAAAAUUGCACUCAGGAAGGCGAACCUACCUCCUUACAUCCUAUCAGAUGAGAUCUUUGAGCUGUGCAAAGAUGAGCCGUCGACCUGCGACUUGAAGUCAGCGUUGUCAACAACUAAACUAAUGCCGGGCACAGCCGAGCACCUGGCCGGAGCUGGACUGCGUCUGCUUCCAUUAUACGACCAAGCUGCUUUCAAGGGGAGGUUCCAAGCAACAACGAAUUACGUGUUGAUGCGCCAGGAUUCCAUAAUCUUUUCGCAGGCACAGACGCCGGCUCAGCUCUUGGAACAGCUGCGGCAGGUCUCGGACAGGUUGGGGAAUAACUAG